AACCAAAAUAAUAUUGGGAAAGUAGUUCCAGCUGCAACAUGAGACAUGUGGUUCGGAAUGGGGCGGGAAGGAACGUCCAGUUCACAUUCACACGUCACUUUGGUUCCUUUACCGAUUUCUUUCCUUAUAAAAUAGUUUCAGUCAAAUCAUGGCUCCCAAGUUUCUUUAAUAGGAGAAGAGAAUCAGCCUCCCUCCUCCAUUGUCAAACUAAACAACCCAACCCCAUAAUUUCCAUGCUUUGUUUUUUUGCAUGCGUUUAGAUUUUUUCCUUGUUAGAUAGGACGAACGAUAUCCGGUAAUUCGUUUGUUCUGUAUAUAAAUUGAAGUGAUUGUCUUUCCAUUCUAACAUCUCAUCUGUGAGACUCUAAGAUUCUGCUCAAUUUCUCAAUUCUAGAUGGAGGAAGCUAAUGUGGUGGAAACCAAGGAUGGAACUAUAUCAGUGGCUUCUGCAUUUGCUGUUCAUCAGGAAGCUGUACAGGAUAGAGAUCAUAUAUUCUUGAAAAAGGCUGUUGGGGAAGCAUAUAAAGGAGUAGAAUGUGGAGAUGGAGGCCCAUUUGGUGCUGUUGUUGUGCGCAAUGGUGAGGUAGUUGUGAGUUGUCACAAUAUGGUUUGGAAGAACACUGAUCCUACUGCCCACGCAGAGGUUACAGCAGUAAGAGAGGCAUGUAAAAAGCUCAACAAGAUUGAACUUUCCGACUGUGAGAUGUAUGCCUCUUGUGAGCCUUGCCCCAUGUGCUUUGGUGCUAUCCAUCUUUCAAGAAUUAAGAGACUGAUCUAUGGAGCCAAGGCUGAAGCAGCCAAUGCUAUCGGGUUUGAUGAUGAUUUUAUUGCAGAUGCAUUAAGAGGUACUGCCUUCUACCAGAAAGCUAACUUGGAGAUCAAAAAGGCAGAUGGCAAUGAGGCCAUUAUUGCAGAGGAGGUCUUUGAGAAAACAAAGGAAAAGUUUCAUAUUUACUGAUUCCUCAGUUGUUCCUUGUAGGCUGUCUUACCAGUCAUACCUAUUGAUAAUUAGCUCCAUUUUAAUCAGCUGAUUAAUAACAUCAUAUGCUUUGCAUGGGAUUGCUUAUCAGUAUUUACAUGUUUGAUCCCCUGGAAUAAAUGUAAGACUUUUCAUGAAUACUUGUAUCAUUUGAACAUAUUAUCCCAGUAAACAGUUUGGUGGUGAUGUUGCCAUAUUUCUGAAUUCUUUCAAUUUCAUUGAACUCUACCAGCCUUUCUCUGCAAUUUUAUUGUGUUUUUGUAACAUAUAUGCACGAGAAAGCUAAAAGAAACUCAGUAACAUAGG